AUGGCGAACACCAUCCAAAUCCACGUAAAGCCUACUGCUGGAGGUGACCGGAUAACGCUGGAUGUGGCCCCAACUGCGAGCGUCGCAGAUGUGAAAGAAGCGAUAGCGCAAAAGAAUGGAAUGACAAGCAGCGAGCAGAGGCUAAUUUUUAAGGGUCAGAUCUUGAAGGAUGAUGAACGCACCAUCGACAGCUAUGGCAUCGUUAACGAGAGCGUGCUGCAUUUGGUUCGCGGCAGGCCCGCCGGCGCCAGUGCACCUGGCAUGCCGCCGGGUCUGCAGCAGGCCAUGUCGGCCGCCAUGAACGACCCCGCAGUCCAGUCCAUGCUGAACGACCCAGAGCUGAUCCGCACGCUGCUGCAAGCAAACCCGGCAGUGCGGGACGUGAUGGAACGAAAUCCUGAGGUGGCCCAGAUUCUCAACGACCCCGCGACACUGCGAGAGAUGGUACGGAUAGGAUCCAACCCCGCACUGCUCAGAGAGCACAUGCGCACCAGCGACCGGGCCUUGUCCAACAUCGAAGCCCUGCCAGAGGGCUUCAACGCGCUUCGUCCAGCGGCCGCCGGCGGCGCGGCGGCGGCGGGGGCGGCCGGCGACCCGCUGGCUGCGAUGCUGCAGCAAGCAUUGGGCGGGAUGGCGGCAGCCGGCGGCGGCGGAGCCGCCGCCGCUGCUGCCACGAAUGCCGGUGGUGGAGCGGCACCGAAUGCAGCGCCCCUCCCCAAUCCUUGGGCUCCUGGUGCCACUGGCGGGGCCGGCGGCGGCGGAGCGGGUCUGCCACUGCCCUUGGGCAUGGGUGCCGGGGCCUGGGGAGGGCUGGGUGGAAUGGAUGGUCUCGGUAUGGGGAACAUGAACCCCGGCGACAUGCUGGCGAUGAUGCAGAACCCCGCCGUACAGGCGAUGAUGCAGUCGGUAGCAAGCAACCCAGCUCUGAUGGAAGCCAUGAUCAAUUCCAACCCCAACAUGAGGGCAAUGGCAGACGCCAAUCCCAUGUUCAGGAGCGUGAUGAGCAACCCUGCUGCAAUGCGAGCCAUGUUCAACCCGCAGAACUUGACCCAAAUGUUGCAGCUCAUGCAGCAGAUGGAACAGAUGCGGCUCAUGGGGGGCUUAGGCGUCCCGGGGACCGGUGCGCCGGGCGCCGGCGGUGGAGCUGGUGCCGCGUUCCCUGACAUGGCCGCGCUGCUGGGGGGCUUGGGCGGCGGCGGCGGCGGCGGCUUGGGCGGGCUUUUCGGGAUGAUUCCACCCGCGCCGGCCGCCGUUGCGGAUCCAGAGGUGGCCUACGCGACGCAGCUGCAGCAACUAGCAGAUAUGGGCUUUUUUGACCGGCAGUCCAACAUUGCGGCGCUGCAGGCGAGCGGGAACGUGAAUGCCGCUGUGGAGCGUCUGCUGGGGGCUCCAUGA